AUGGAUCUUUCGCGCAUCAUUGCUGCUGAUAUUGACGGCCGUGUCCACAACACGCGAUACCGUCAAGCUCAGUUCCAUCGCUUACAAGCUGUGCUGGUCGAACACGUUGCAGAGAUUCAAGAUGCGAUCUGCGCUGAUUCGGGACAUUCGGCGCAAGAAGUUCGCGCCGAGAUUGUCCUAGCUUUGCAGGAGCUGAGAACACAUUUCUUGUCGCUGAGUCUGGAGAAAGACUUGGAAAAUGAGUAUCGCAUUGCGAAUGGGAAGGACAGUCUGGAUGGCUCCCGCGGGACUGGUAUUGUGUACCUCGUGCCAUGUACGCAUACUUUGUUCUUCUCUGUCAUUUCCGCAUUGACUGCUGCUCUUGCAGCUGGGAAUUGCAUCGUUUUGGAGCUUCCUCAAACAACAAUGGCUUUGCCUGCUCUGUUGCGCCAGAUUCUUCCCAAUGCACUGGAUCAUGAUACUUUUGCAAUCACCGCGCAUCGACCCGAUUCUUCGUUCAUGAACAAGACCUUGCUGGUGGCGCAAACCGGAUCCGAUGCCUCAAGUGGCUUGAUCUCGCCUGCGGCCAGGACUGUUGCCAUUGUCGAUCGUACGGCAAACAUUGUUGAGGCCGCACAGGCUUUAGUAGCGGCUCGGUUUGCGCUAGGUGGCCGUUCAGCCUAUGCUCCUGAUGUAGUUUUGGUGAAUGAAUUCGCCAUGAAGCCGUUUGUUGAGGCUGUUAUCCAGCAAGCUUCGAGAUACCUUGCUGGAGAGAACGGUGAAGCACGAGAGUCAUCUUCGUCGCGGCGCUCUGGCUUACUGGACUCGAUUCAGAAAGAGCGGACUGCGCGGGUGUUGGUCUCCGGGAGUCAGUGGGGGGUGGUUGAGGUUCAGGACCGGAACUCACCUCUUCUUCAAAAGAAGAUUGACGAGAAGGUCCUGCUGGUACACGCCGUGACUAGCUUGGAUGAUGCCAUUGACAUUAGCUCAAACGAGACACUGGCUGCUACCUAUGCCUUCGCAGCCCCCGCUUCAGCCAAGUAUCUGACCCAAUUCAUCGACGCCGAUAUCUCAUGGGUGAACCAUGUCCCCAGCCAUAUGCUGCUCGGCCCUGCCCUGCCCCGCAACAUACCAUAUAACCCAAACACUCGCUACGCCAUCUCAUCCUUCCAACGGCCACGCCCUCAACUUAUCACACCACCUGCCAGCGCCUACACAGCCCGAACAAUUCUCGAGAAUACCAACAGCACCAACUCAGACAAUCUCUGGCGCGCAGUCCUAACACCCCUCCCAUCAACAAAGCAGCGCCCAGGUUUCAAGAUCGGCUUCUUCGAGCAGGGAAUUAUCACCGGUGGAGUCCUAACCCUAGCAACGCUCUUCGCAACCGUUUCUACAAUUGGAUACUACACAUGGAUAUAUGCGAGGCGCGUUUGA